AUGCUCUUUUCGCGGCAGAACGCACACCGCGAAUUUGCCGAGCGAUUUACCCAUGCAAUUAUUCUCUCACCCUUGCUCGGCCAAACUACUGCCAGCGGUUCGACUCCCCCUCCCGCCCUUCCUAAACAUCAAUCAGACAACGAGCCAGUAGCACCCAUACACGCCUGGCCAAUCGCAGCUGCUAUUCUUGUCGGUGCUGUAUUUAUCGCAUCCGGCAUUAUUCCGGCAUCUAUCAUUGCCCUCGGCGCAGGAGUCGCCCAUCUGACCAACAUUGCCCCUGAACACCACGCCCGCCGCUUCCUCGCCGCGGCAUGCGGAAAGCUACGUAGUACCGGCUGGCUCAGCGAGUGGGAAGACGAUCCAGCACCCGUCAUGCUCACCGCACUAGACAAGUGCGUUCAGGCCGCCACUGUCUGGGACACUCUAGUAUCCGAGGCCAUGGCGCUCUUGGAGAACGAGGAGCGCAACAUGUUUUACGCUUCCUCACCCCAAUCACCACGCCCAUCAACCUCCGCCCUUCGUAUUGCCAUUACGUCAGAACUUAAUACCGCGACAUCUACGACUGAUACGCUUCGUUCGUUGUUUGGUCCUCUCACAUCGCCCGCGGCGUUGGCGCCCUUGGCUGCCAUGUACGGUCCUCCUGCUUCUCCACCCCCCGUUCGAAUUCGCCAUCAUGCGCGAUAUGCGAGUAUCGGAUCUGGCCCGAGAGGCCCGUCGCCUUCUCCCCCUCCCUCAAUCAUAGAACACAAACGCAGUACCUGGAGCCCAGGGCUAACCAGUACCCCUAACUCAGGAGGGAAGUUCAGCGCGAGUGGGUCCUAUUCCACACUUGGAAUCGGCCGACGCAGAACCAGCGCCAGCCUUCGUCGUUCUCGUCUCCCUACGCCCACACCCGGCUCGCUCGAAGACAUCUCGACGAUCGAAUCCGACAUUGGCGGCGAAGAGAGCGAAAAGCUCGCCCCCCUCCCUCAUUUCGCCUCUGACUCCGAGGCGGCGGGGCCAAAAACUCCCCCGAGACGACUAGUUCCUCUUGGAUCUCCCCUUGCGUUCAAGAGCCCUGGACGAGACGUAGGUUCGCCCAGACUGGCGCCUUCGACGUUUGGAUCUGCGGCACUGUCCACACUUCGAAAGUCGUCCCAAAUCCAAACUACAUCCCUGACCGCGCUACGACAUGCUCUCAACGCUGCGCGCGCAAGCAGGAGACACACGGCUGCUCACUUGCUCGCGCUCCGAUUCACAGACGGAGAUUCUGAAUACUGGGAAGACGUCCGUUCCGUACUCGGCCUGCUCUCGGCCGGACUCGAAGAUUCGGCCAGCCGUCUAUCGGGUGCGGUCGAGAAUAUGUCAGAUAUUAAACAGCGCAUCGUGAGCUUUAGCUCGGACCGAUCGGUCACCGCCGCGGUCGUCACCCCCGUCUCGGCCGGAUUUGGGUUUGCGCCGACUCUCAGGCCGCGGGAGAGGUUUGAUCUAUGCGUCAAGGAGCUGGGAAGCGCGGUUACGAGGGCUAAUGAACUCGUCGCGUCGGUAGGAGACGGAAAUAUGUUGGAAGACGAGGAAUCCAAGCUGGAAUCCAUCCGCCGCGAACUCGGUACCGCGCUCCGACAACUCGAACGAGCGCGCGCGGAGGAGGACAGCGACGUGCCAGCUCUGGACGCGAGUCCCUCGAGCCCGACGAGCGAAGAUUUAACCCCGUUCCGACGACACUCGAUGAACUCGGAAAAAUCGGUCGAAGAGCGGGACGAGAUCGAGUCUGCACAUGUCCGAUCCGACGACGCGUCUGCUUAUUUGCUGUUGGGCACCUCGGCGUCGUCGUUGCCCGCUCCGGGAAUCGAACAAGUUUUCGAAGCUGAUACGGAAGAUAUCCCGACUCGACUUCGGCCCAAAUCGACCAUGACGCGUGCGGAGAGGAUCGCGGCUCGUCGUGCGGUCUCUCAGACUGUUCCUUCGAAACCGGUCGAUGGGAACUGGGAAGUUGUGAAUGAGCUCAAGGCGGUGAUUUCUGAAGUUGGGGGAAGGAGGCGAAAAGUGGACUUGGGAAUCGAUGUGCGGAGGGUCGUGUCGGCGGAUGUGGGUGUUGUAGUCGAGGGCGAGGAGGAAUCAUAA